AUGUGGCCGGAACGGCCCCCAUGCACCGAGACCGGGGCAGGGUCAAUUCCUCGCGCAACGCCGCAAGAUUUGGAUCCACUGCUGGUGUUGGAGACUGUGCCCGUGCAUGCGGACUUGCGGCCGUCUGCCGGCCAUUUGCCACCUCCAGGACCUGAGCCUCGCAGCCUGCCAGGCGUACGCCCACGAGUGCAUGGUUCAUGGUCGGGUGCUAUACCUCCACCAGUCAGCCGAUGGAAGGGGCAAAGUGGUCAAAGCCAUCCAUCUCUGAAAGGCCCAGUGGAUGCGUUUCCUCGAGGUUUCGUGGUGCCAUCAGAUUUUGGAAGCGAUGGGGGCCAUCCUUCGAUGACCACAGAGCAGGAACACCAGCUGGAGCUGGAGAUUCGGAUGUUGGAAGAGCAGCUGGGGGGCGGCAGCUCCCCACAGUCCCCGCAGCCCAUCUCCCCAGCUGCACCUGUGGCAGUGCCACAAGUGCCUGUGGCAGUGCCACAAGUGCCGAGAAGUGUGGAGAAGCCCAGCGCUUCCCAAGCACCUGCUUCAGCACGAGUUGCGGCGCCCAGAGCCUUUGUCUCGGAGUAUGCACAUCUAACGCGGAGUGAAUACAUCAAGUUGAAGGCCAAGUUACGCGGAGCCGCGCAGAUGAUCCAGAGCAAGGCAAAGACCUUCUUGCUUCGGCGAUACUUGAGUGUGGCAGAGCGCGUUUUCGCCGUGCGGCGGAUUCAAGGUUCCUGCAGGGGCUUCUUGGCCAAGGCAAUGCUUGCGGACGGCCGCAGGAGGAAGCAAUUUCGCUUCGUGUUGCUGGUUGCCCGGUGCCAGGCCAGAUUCCGACGACGUCUCAGGAGGAAGCGGGAAGAGGAAGCCAGACAGUGGGAAGAAAGCCUUGGGAAGUUGCAACGGCAAGCCGUCAGCAAGGUUCAAGCCAAGUGUCGCAGUUUUUUGGCCCUGGCCCUGCUGAUGAAUCAACGCUUGGCCUUGAGGAAAAGAGGCAGUGCCGCAUCUGUGAUUCAGAGAUCCUGUCGAGUACACCUGAGCCGGGUGCAGGCCCUUCAGAGACGCGCAGUGGUGAAUGAGCAGGAACGCUUGCGGCUCCGGGCCGUGCUUCGGCUUCAAACUCUCUUGAAAGGCAUGCGGGCCAGACAAGAGUUGACCCACCUUCGCAUCCAGAAUGACGAGGACGAGCGUCGAAGACGUCGGCUCUUAGAAGAUGAGGAGGAGAUGCAAAUCGAGGAGUUGAACCCUGAACCCAUGUGGCCGGACCUGAGCCUGGAGGACCGCUUGCAAGCGCUCUGGGAACACGUCUUGGCCCAGCAGCAUGAGCAAGCCAGGCGUGAGGAGGAAGUGAAACGCCUCAAGAAGCUCUUGACACAGCAGCGCGUGGACAAGGACUUCCAACCCAACUGCUGGAGCUGCGAUCAGCACCUCCUGGACCUCGACGCCUUGCUCCGCGCACUGCAACGCAUUUGCCUGGCCGCCAUGGGAGGUGAUACCCCUGGCACGCGGCCCGAGAAAGUCAUCGUUGGGAAGGUGGCCUCGACUCUAACAGCUGUGGUGAAUGAGAUCGAAGAAGCGGGUGGGAAGGUCACAGUGCAGCUGAAAGAACUGGCGGCAUACCUAGCCUGGGUGUCAGUACAUUCCAGCAGCGCUGCACGGCGCCUGGACCCCCGGGACCCCCUGGACCCCGAUGCCUGA